AUGAGAGAGGAACAUGUAAGGCAGCUCUUUCCCACACGGGGCUGCCCCGGGGGCCCAAUAUGUCCCCUCAGGAGCCGCCGGGAUGAGAAAGGAAUCUGCAAGCAGCUCUUCCCCUCGAGGUUCUCCCGGGUGCACGCCUGGGGUCCACAGCUGCUGAGCCCACGCUCUGCCACUACUGCAGCCCAUGACAGGAGAAGCCGCUGCGAGGAGAAGGCCGUGCACCGCAACCAGAGUGCGCGCCCCGCUCACCGCAGCCAGAGCAAAGCCCGUGCAGCAGCAAGGACCCAGCACAGCCCCACCCAAGAAAAGAGCCUGUGCAAGAACAGCCGAAGCCCACUCCGUGUUGUCCCUCCCCACCCCGUGGCCUGA